AUGGAGGUCCUCAACCUGAUCAGAUUCUUUGAAGAAUUGGACAAUGUCACUCUUGGGCAGAUUGCACACAGUGUAUCAGAGGAGUCAUUCUUACAUUGCUAUCCUGUUAUUUGCUGGGAUGAAUAUGGUUGGACUCCUCUGCAUCAUGCAGCACUUAAUGGCCGUCUAGCGCUUGUUAAGCUUCUUGUUCAUCGUGGGGCAACAAUCGAUGCCAUAGACAAACAUGGGUGUACUGCUCUUCAUCGAGCUGCAUGGAAUGGGCACACACAGAUUGCUGAGUUCUUACUGCGUCGUGGAGCUUCGACUGCUGCAUGUAGCAGAUGUGGGAUGACAGCAUUGCACUGUGCGGCUGCAUGUGGGCACACACUGACUGUGCAGCACCUCCUGAGCUUUGGUGCAAGUGCAGAUUUGUCCGAUGCAAGAUGCUGGACUCCAUUGCACUGGGCAGUUGUGAGUGGCCAACCACAUAUAAUAGAAUUCUUACUCUCAAAAGGAGCAUCAAUGAAUUGCACGACAUGUGGCAACAUGACAUCCUUGCAUUUGGCAGUGGAAGUUGGAAACAGAGAGGUGAUUCAAUUGCUAUUGGAAAACGGAGCCUGGAUCAAUGCUGAAGGUUAUGGAAGGACUGCAUUAUCAAUAGCUGCUGCUAAUGGCUAUGAAGAGUUCUCUGCCCAAAGGCAGCUCCGAUCCUCAGCGCCACAACCUCCCCCACGGGUAGAACAAGGAGGGACCAGUGUGGACAUCAGAGAUAACUUGAACAUGACUGCACUUCAUCGAGCAGCAGAGCGGGGAGACACAGCAGUUGCAGAAUACCUAAUAAACCAUGGAGCUGACAUAGAGGCUAGAGGCUGGCUGAAGAAAACCCCACUCCACCUAGCCAUGGAAAAGGGUCAUGAGCAGACCAUCCACUUACUGGUGAGGAAAGGUGCAGAUGUGUAUGCCACAAGCUAA